AUGACGGAGUGGACUCUGCUCAAACGCCUCCUGGACGCCGUGCACCAGCACUCCACCAUGAUUGGCCGGCUCUGGCUCACCGUGAUGGUCAUCUUCCGGCUCCUGAUCGUCGCCGUGGCCACCGAGGAUGUGUACACCGACGAGCAGGAGAUGUUUGUGUGCAACACGUUGCAGCCGGGCUGCUCCACCGUCUGCUACGACGCCUUCGCGCCCAUCUCCCAGCCUCGCUUCUGGGUGUUCCACAUCAUCAGUGUGUCCACGCCAUCGCUCUGCUUCAUCAUCUACACGUGGCACAACCUGUCCAAGCACAACGCCACCCAGAGGUUGGGGCAGGGGGCGGGCGACGCGCCGGGGCAGGGAGGCCGAGACGGCGGGCGAGAGGCCUACGAUCGGAGCUGCGACUCAGACAGCUGCUCCAUACAGUCCCAUAAACACCUGGGGCACAGCCUGGCGAACGUGGAGGGGGGCGCAGAGGCUCAUGCGGGCUCUGGAGGGGUUUUGUCCAAAUGUUACAUCUUCCACGUGUGCCUACGGGCUGUCCUGGAGGUGGGCUUCGUCCUGGCUCAGUGGAAGCUGUUUGGCUUCCAGGUGCCCGUCCACUUCCUGUGCACUUCGUCUCCCUGCAGCCAGCCGGUGGACUGCUACGUCUCCAGGCCCACGGAGAAGACCAUCUUCCUGCUCUUCAUGUUUUGUGUCGGGGUUUUCUGCAUCCUGCUCAACCUGCUGGAGCUCAACCACCUGGGCUGGAAGAAGAUCCGCCGGGCAGUGCGGCUGCGGGAGCACGUGUCCUGGGAAGGAUACGAAACCUUCCCUCCAGACAGCCCCUCCUUCACAUCCUCUUUAGGCUUCAGGGACGUGACCAGCACCACCUCGCUGCCCACCCUGAACCUGGUGGUGGGUCACCAGCCAGACUGGACCUGUGCAGUGAACUGUGGCAGGAUGAGGGAGCCGGAGGAGGUCCGAGAGAAAAGACCGGAAGCCCUAAGGAGAGAGGACUCCCAUAAAGGAGAGAGGCAGCCUUUGAAGAGCAAGAGGGAGAUCAGGGGGUCCAAACACAGGAGUGCCGAGGUCUGGAUUUAG